CCAAUACAUAGAGAGCUAAUUAUUAUCUCUGUAUAUGUGCCAAUAUUGGACCUGGUUGAAACGCUGGUGGCGCCCUAACUGGUUAUGAUCUUUGGUUGUGAGUAGCUAAAAUAGUAUUAUGCUUCCAAUUGUUCUCUGCAGAUAGUAUUUGACACAGAGGAAAAUGGAAAAUACAGAGGAGAAAAUAGACUGCAAAGAGAAAGAAAUUGAUCAUUCAAUUGGAGAUAUGGAGCAAGAAAAAGAGAGAAAAGCAGAUGUAGAACAAAAUCUACACCACCAUGAUGUAAAUGAACAUAAAUUGAAUUAUGAAGUAGAAGAGAUAGAACCUGAAGUCAAAGGGAAUGUGAACUCAGCAAUUGCUGACAAAACAACAUGUGCAAGUGAGAGAGACAUCUUUGCGAGUAAAUGUCAUGUGAUGGGAGAAAACGAUGAAACUGUUGUGAAUGAACUCCAGAAAGGAGAGGAUACCACGGAGGAGAAUGUGGUUAAAAACGAAACUAAUUUGACUUAUGAAAUCAUGAAGGAAAAUUAUUUAAUAAAUGAUCAAAAUGAGGAUGAAGAUGGAACAAAAGAUGAUGUUUCAAAAUUAGUGGAGAAAGAUGAGCUAACAUCAGAUUUGGAACUUAAAGGUUUUAUAAAAUUAGAUGAGAAGAUUCAAAAUGAAGAUGGAGGCGCUAUGAUAUAUAUUCCACAAGACAGUUUAACACCGGUGACUCCUUCAGGAAUAAGCUCAGUUAGUGAAGAACCUUCUCCACCGUCAUCAAGUUCACCUGAAACACUAAAUGCAAACAACAAUGCAAAGUUUCAGGCAAAUCAGAAAACGGUAAUAGAGACAAGAACAGUCAUUGUGCCGAGAAGCUUACCAGAGGUACAAAAAGUUAGUAGUGAAGACCAAGGCCUGGUUUCUCAAAACCUAGAGACCAAAGCUAAAAGUCCCAAGAGCUACUCGGCACAGCGCUCAGAGAGACCUGCACGUGGUAGUCGAGGAGCACGGAGAGAAGAUGAAAAAGCACGGGCUAGAGGAGAUGCUGACAAAGGGGCUUUGUGUACAAAGCCAGUUAAUGAUGACAGGAAUAAAAGGGUUGAAAGAAAAGAUAAAAGCCCUCAAAGAAAUUAUGUGAGAGAUAGGAAUAGAAAAAGUGAGAGUGAAGAACAUAAACGAGGAAGCUAUAAAGACAAUCAGAGAAGUGAUAGUAGAAGAAAAGAUUUUUUUAAGCAAGAUGAUAAGGUACAGAAGAAAAGUGACAAUGAUAAGGAACAAUUACUUAAAGGAGCUACAAACAAAUCUGAGGUUACAGUUAUUGGGAAAAAAGUAGACAAGGAAAAGAACAUUAUUGAGCCCUCUACAGAACCAGAUAUUGCAAGUCAGUCCAAGUUGAAGGAAGAAAAAAAGGAGCAAGAAGAUUUAGAUGCAAAACUGAAAGAACAGGAAGAAGCAAAACAGAGAGAAGAAGAGGAGGAAAAACAUGCUAAAGAAAUUGAAGCUGAAGUUAAAGAUAGGAUUGCAUAUAAAAUGAAAAUGAGAGAUGAAAACUUAAGAGCACCAGGUAAGCGUCCAGAUGAGGAUUCGUUCCACAAGUUGGAUUCAAGUCUGAAGAAGAACACUGCUUUCAUCAAGAAACUAAAGAUGAUGGGAGAUCAUAAUCGAGAUUCUUUAGUCAAUGACUUAAAAUCAUUAAAUCUCACUAAGUACAUUGGAGAAGUUGCAAGUGGUAUCUAUGAGGCCAAAUUGAAGAUGUCUGAUGUUCCCUUGGCUAUCAGCAUUUCAUCUAUUUUACAUCAACGCUUUGCAGACUUUGCUCCGCAGCUUCUUCAGAACUUUCAGAAGAACAUACCGCAGACACCCAAGAAAGAAGAGAAGGAUUCCCAACCGAUUGUAUUUGACAGCAAGGUGAGGGUGGAGAUACGUCUUCUUGCUGAGUUGAUAGUCCAUGGAGUAUUCACAGAUAAAGAAGGGUUACCAGUGCUAAACAUACUACUCUCAUCAAUCUUGAAAUCUGAUCGUGAAAACCAUGCCAACAUCUCAAUCAUCAUUAGUUUUGUAAAACAUUGCGGAGAAGAUUUUGCUGGUCUGGUGCCCAGAAAAAACAGAACGUUGGUUGAAAAGUUUGGCCUGAAGCUACCCACAAGUGAAGUAUUCUCAAGUCAAGUGAAGUCUUUGUACCGAAACCUUCUGAAGGACCAUUAUGCUAUACUGGCCAAACAUCUGGUCAGACAACACAAAGAUCUACAGAACCGUGAAAGACAGAAUAGAAAAAUAUUACAGACAAAAGGUGAACUUAGUGAAGAAAGGAAGAGAAAUAUUGAGGAAACACAGGUCAUCUACCAGAAAUUAUUGGUGAAUACGACCAAUUUGUCAGAUUUACUUGAUCUAGAAAUGCCAGAUCUUCCAGAAGAUGAGAAAUUACGAGAAGAACGGGAAAAUGAUUUGAUUGGAAUGUUUGGCGGUAUGAAGUCUUCCUCUGAUUUUGAUUUCGAGACAUCUUUGUGGGAAGAUGAGGACACGAGAACGUUCCAUGAAAACCUGACUGACCUUCGAACUAUAGUUCCAGCAAUUUUGUUCAAGGACAACUCCAAACAGCAAGCCCCUGGUGACCAAAAUGAGGAAGAAAUUGACAAAGUAGAAUCAGUUGAGUUACCAGAGGAGGACGUAAUGAAUGAAGGGAAGGAAGAGGUGACAGAAGAACCGAAUGAGGUAGUGGAAGAAGAGACUGAAAUUGAUGAUACUGAGGAAGAGGAAGCAGUGAGUAAUGUUAGCCUUAAGAUGCAACUUGAGAGCUUUUUGCAAAGACUUCAUACUUGUGUCAACAGAGAAUUCAUUGAUUCAGCUGCUGUUGAAUUUGUGAUGAAUUACAACACAAAGGCCAACAGGAAGAAAUUAGUUAAAACAUUAUUUAAUGUUCCAAGAACAAGACUGGAUUUACUGUCAUUCUAUUCUCGCUUAGUUGCUACCUUGUUUCCUUGUAUGCCAGAUGUAGCUACGGACUUAGUAGAUCGACUUAAGGCAGAUUUCAAAUACCAUGUGAAAAAGAAGGAUCAGAUUAAUAUUGAGUCUAAAAUCAAAACAGUUCGUUUUAUAGGUGAAUUGACCAAGUUCAAGAUGUGUCCAAAGGCAGAUACUUUACAGUGUCUUAAGGUUUUGCUGUCUGAUUUCCGCCAUCAUAACAUUGAUAUGACAUGUGCAUUGUUGGAAGUUUGUGGUCGUUUUCUCUACCGUACAGCUGACUCAUUUGUCCGCACUAAUGCUCUACUGGAACAAAUGAUGCGUAAAAAGACAAGACUGCACUUGAAUGAUCGCUAUGAGACUAUGGUUGAGAAUGCUUUCUUUUUCUGUAACCCUCCCGAGACCAAACAGGCUGAAGUCAAAGUGCGUCCACCAAUGCACCAGUAUAUUAGGAAACUUUUGUUCAAAGAUCUGACCAAACUUACAGUCGAGAAAACCCUAAGACAGAUAAGGAAACUGCCAUGGACAGAUCCAGAUAUUGAAGCAUACGCAACAAAGUGUUUGGCAUUAGUAUGGAAUGUCAAGUACAGCAAUAUUCAUUGCAUAGCUAACCUAGUGGCUGGACUGGUAGCCUAUCAUGACAAUGUUGGAAUCAUGGUUGUUGAUAGUGUCAUGGAGGAUAUAAGGCUAGGAAUGGAGUUGAAUCUACCAGAGUUGAAUCAGCGGCGUGUGAGUAUGGUUAAGUACCUUGGAGAACUGUACAACUAUCGCAUGGUAGAAUCUGCUGUUGUCUUCAAGACUCUUUAUACUCUCAUCAAAUUUGGAAUUUCACUUGAUGGCACUCCUACACAAUUUGACCCACCAGAACACUUGUUUCGUAUCCGACUUGUAUGUACAUUACUGGACACGUGUGGUCAGUUCUUUGACCGUGGAAGCACUAAGAAGAAGCUGGACUGCUUUCUUGUUUAUUUUCAGCAAUAUGUUCUAUAUAAGAAGAGUCUUGCAAUAUGGGACCCUGAGAUAAGACCGUUCCCAAUGGAUGUAGAUAAUAUGAUAUCAGACACACUUGAAGCACUCAGACCCAAAAUGAAGAUGCUUGCAUCAUUAGAAGAAUCCAAUGAUGAAGUUCUGAAACUACAGAAUGAGUAUAUCCAGAAAUUAUCCCCAGUAAUUGUGCCAUCAGUAGCCACUAGUUACCAGCCAGGUCAGGGUCUAACUCCUAUAUUAGAAAGCCAUGAAACAGACUCAACAGCUGCAGUUAUUGGGACUAUGUCAUCUCUAGAGGAUGAGGAUUAUGAUUCUGAUAUAGAUUUCUCAGAUAACAUGGACAGGGCGAGUACAGGAGGCAGUCAGGGUCAGAGCUUGUCACAGUGCCUCAAUCAACCUGAACCUGUGGAUGAGGAGGAUGAUGUAGAUAUAACACUUGAUUCGGCUGGUGAAGAAGAAGAUGAGGAUAGUGUAACAUUGUUAAAAAAAAGACCAAGGUUGAUUGACUGUCCGGAAGAUGAAGAUUUUACAUCAGCUUUUGAUAAAAUGAUGGCAGAAACGACCCAACAUCGUAGCAGUGAAGUAAUUAAGGUACCCCAGUUUGAUGUCAGCGUUCCCGUACACAUGAAGCGCAGUAGGAAAAGCUUUACGUUCCUACAAACUGAACAAGUGGAUGAGGAGGAAGAAGAUAAAAAAGAUACAAUCAAUUUUACACUUGUUGUUCGGAAGGGAAAUAAACAACAAUUUAAAGGAUUUGAAGUGCCGAUGAGCUCACAUUUAGUUGCAAAUCUCAAGAAUAGAGAACAGGCUGAAUUAGCCGAGAAGCAGCGAGUGAAACAAAUCACACUGGAUAUAAAUGAACGCCAAGAAGAAGAAGAGUAUCAAGAAACAAUCUCACAAAUGACGCGGGUUUCAACAGUAGCAGUUGCCACACCAACGAGAGAGAGGAAGCCAAGGUUCUACCAUCCAAAAGGGGCUCCUGACUCAGACCAAAUAUUCAACUCAACUGGCAACAGGAAAUGGUAGUAAAGCAGCUAUUGUGGAAAAACUGUAAAUGCUAGAUAUGGUUGAAUAUUGGUUACUGUAGAUACACGCUAAACCAAGAUGAUGGCAGAUCUUCUUUGUGGUUGGUGUCUACCUGAGAAUCUACAGGAUCUGUACAAGUAGAUGAAGUGGUGGUACCACAGAAGAACUCCAGAGGGCACUUCUCAAGUAUAGGUGGAUGAGGCAUGGUGCCAGAGGGGAAAGCCUUGGGCAUUAGAUAAACAACCAUAAGACUUGAUAUAAACAUUAAAUGUGAUGUUGAGACACACAUUGUUAAAGUUUAGUAGACAGAAUGAAUGUAAGCAAUACACAGAUGUUUUGGAACAAAAGAUGAAGUGCUAACCAACUUCAGCCAGUCAAUGAAGUCCUUUAUAUCCACAUGACAACCGUAAACCCAAAUAAAUGUUUUGAUGCGUCUUGAUCAAUCUAGGCCAAGUUUUAAUGUCGUCAAGUUUUCACAUUUUAACAUUUAAUGUAUUGAUGAUACUGUAAUCUAUCAAGACUCAUUGAAUAGGUGAUGGUUAAUCUGAACUGAGCAGCUAUGGGACAGUGACUUGAAAGAGAUUGGUGUUAAUUAAAAGAACUGAAUGUAAGGGUCAACAUUCUUCAACGUGACAUACAUAUCACUGAUGAAGGUGUUUUUAAAAUAAAUUACUCUGUCAUUGUUAUUUUCAAUUUAAUUUAAAUAAAAACUAUUGAAAAUACAUAAUUUGUAGGAGAUGCAUGCAUGAAGAUGACUAUAAUAAUCUGCAAUAAUUGCAGAGGUGAAGAUUUAUAAAGCAUUCUUGAUUUAACUGAUACUGUACUUUCAUUGCUCAAUAAAUCUGCAAUAGGAUGGAGUUUAUAUACCACAUCUUCCUUAUCCCCUUUUGCACAAGCCAACUGACCAUUUCUGAUACUUUAUAUUGUUUUAAUGGAAUUUUAAAUGUUGUAAGGAGAAUGUUUUAUUCAAUUUUAUUCAUUUUAGAAAUACUGGUACUAGAUUUCAAGGUAAUAAAAGAGGAAGAUUAUUACUAUGCUUGAAAAAGAUAAUAUCUUACUUCCCAAAGAAUGUUGCAAUACAGAUGCAGUGAGGUAAGCAGGAGGAAAUUGUGCACAUCUAAGGCGAGACUUCUUAUACCUUGUUUAGCGAACCCUCUGACUGCAAAUAAAAAUAAUUAUUUUAUUUUUUAAACACUUAGCGCACCCUCCGCUAUGAAAAAUGGAAAUUUCAGAAACAAUUUUUUUUUUAAUUUAUUUUUAUUGUGCCCCCUGCUCCUCUGAAAUCUCCAAAUAUAAGAUAAAUACAGUAUAUUUCUUCCUUAAUUAUAUAAAUUUAAAGCAAUCUCAUUACUAUACUGUUUACAUUCAUCAAUACAAUUUUAUUUUUAUUUUCUCCUCCACCUAGAUGCUUUUAGUGAAAUUAUUCUGCUAAAUAAGAAAAUGCAUUUUUUUUCUGCCCUCAUCUGAUGAUCUUUAAAAAAAUAAGUUCGCUAAACAAGAUAUUAAAAUGUCUUGCCUAAGCAGCAUUACACAUUUAGAAUGAAGUUGGUGAAACACAUAAUCCCAGCAUGUUUAAUGACAGGAAGGUCAUGAAUUAAUUAAACAUAUCCAACUGAUGUUAAGAUGUCACAAAUUUUAUCAGCAUUUUUGUUAGCAUUAAAUAUUUCUUUCAAGUCUUUUACGAAAUAGAA